AGUUGGUACGCGACGUCGCUGCUUUCUGAGUUAGCGCCGAGAGGGGCGAGUCGAGCAGCCCGAGGCAUCUCCCAGAGGUGGAGUAGUGGUCUUCUUAUCGCCUUGUGCGUUCAAGCGCGGGUCCCCAGGGGGCUCCGGCGAGAACGUCCGUUCGCCUCGCCGACGGCAGUGGCUAAUCGCGGCAACGCCGCAGCUCCGACGGUCGAACCAAGGAUUGACGAGGACGACGCGGAAAGACGGCCCCCGCACGCCGGUCGACAUGCCCUACCAGCAGAAGAAGCAGGGGCUAACGCUGACGCUGGUGUUAGCCGUGCUGUCCUCGGCCGUCGGUUCGGCGUUUCACCAUGGGUAUCACCUGGGAGUCGUCAACUCCCCGCAGCAGGUUCUGGAGGACUUCAUCAACUCGACGUUCACGGAGCGCUUCGGCGAGCCGGCGUCCGAGGCCACCGUGACGCUGGUGUUCAGCGUGUUCGUGGCCGUGUUCUGUGUGGGCGGCAUGAUGGGCGGCCUGCUCACCGCCUGCGUGGCCGACCGCUUCGGGCGCCGGGGAGGCCUACUCCUCAACAGCGGGCUCGUGUUCGCCGCCGCGCUUCUCAUGACCCUCUCCAGGGGAGCCGCCUCCUACGAGCUCCUCGUUCUCGGAAGGCUCAUCGCGGGCAUCAACGCCGGCCUGACGGCAGGUCUGGCCCCGCUCUACCUGUGCGAGAUCUCGCCCAUCCGAUACCGGGGGGCCACGGGUACCAUCUACCAGCUGGUCCUGACCGUGUCCAUCCUGUUCGCCCAGCUGGUCGGCAUCCCGCAGCUGCUGGGCAACGACGACAACUGGCCUUAUCUCUUCGCACUUGCGGUGAUCCCAUCGGUGCUGAUGCUGAUGUCACUGCCCUUCUGCCCGGAGUCGCCCAAGUAUCUGCUCAUGGUGCGGUGCCAACCAAAACAAGCCGAAGCUGCGUUGAUACGUCUCCGUGGCACGCGGGAUGUGCUCUUCGAGAUGGACGUCAUGAAGAGCGAGGCCGAGGCAGCGGAGUUUGUUCCCAAAGUGACGCUUCAGGAGAUGCUGCGCAACCUGGCUCUUCGUGCCCCGCUCAUCAUAUCGCUCAUGGUGAUGCUGGCGCAGCAGCUCUCAGGCAUCAACGCGGCCAUCUUUUUCUCGACAGACAUCUUCAUGACGGCCGGCUUGGACGCCGAGGGCGCCAUGCAGGCAACCUUGGGCAUGGGCGUGGUCAACGUGCUCAUGACACUUGUUUCCAUGGUGGUGGUCGAGCGCGCGGGAAGGCGAACGCUGCUGCUCGCCGGCAUGGCCGGCAUGGCGCUGUCCACCGUCGUGCUAACGGUCACCCUCGCCUUCAAGGACCACGCGGUGUGGGUGUCCUACGUCAGCAUCGGUGGACUCUUAGCCUUUGUCAUCACGUUUGCCAUAGGACCGGGUUCCAUCCCGUGGUUCCUGGUGACGGAGCUGUUCGGCCAGGGGGCCAGGCCCAUCGCCAGCAGCCUCGCAGUUGGCGUCAACUGGGCGGCAAACUUCGUCGUCGGCAUCGCCUUCCUGCCGCUCAUGGAGGUGGUUCAGCAUUACACGUUCCUCAUUUUCACCCUGGUGCUGGUGUUCUUCUGGGUGUUCAUCUAUAAGAAACUUCCAGAAACAAAGAACAAGAGCAUCGAAGAGAUCACAAAUAUGUUCCGCGUUCGUGCCUACAAGGAUGACACGCCCAUGACAAAACUGAAUGCCAACAGCAAGGCAUGACUCCAAUCAGCGUAAAUUGAACGUUCGUCAGUAUGGAACUCUAGAAAAUCAGGAAGCACGCCGUUCCCUUUUCUCCAAGACUAGACGAAUGCUGAAGCAAUCGUCGCGAAGAGUGGAGGAGUGCUGUGUUGAUCGUUUUGCGUUCCGCUUUGUGACACCAUCGCCAAGUAUCGUCGGGAAUUGUUUGUAGUAACGUGAGAGAGCCAUGGAGGUAGACAGAUCAAUUUCCUUGAUAUGCAAAUUAUGAAGAGACAUCCAGGCAGGUAAGAUAUGACGUGUGGCAAAGAUUCCUGCCUUUACACAUUCCGAUAAGCGUUGUAAAUAUUCAUAUCAAACGAGAACGCAAAAUCUUUUCUACGAUGUGCAUCGAAGUGACAUCAAUCAGGCUAAAAAAAGCUACUACUUUCGCUCUAAAAUUGAAAGAGGUUGGGGAAAUAUGGGGUAGACGUGGUGUUUGGUGCUUGUAAUACCCACCCCUAGAAUACGCUUCUCAAAUCAAAGCGAAGAUUGCAGUAUUGAGGUGUACAUAUCGUCGGGAUGAUUUUACAAGGUUAGAAAUGUCUGGUGCAUUUGUAUAUAUUGGUGGUACCAAGUGUGAUGAUUUCAAUGGAAUGCAAGUUGUGGUGCGUUUGCAAUUGAAUGCUGCUCGCUAGUGGUGGUUCAUUGUGACCGAGGCGUUUUGCCGGCGAUAGUUUACUCUUGAAGAACACAGACAGCCCUACUACGCAGGCAUAAGAAUUUGUGCUAGAUUUUUCUUGACUUCCUAAAAUAACCCUAGUUCUUUACUAGGCGUGCCAAAAGGUAUUUGGGUUGGUCUGGGGCUGUGUAAUUGGGGACGAAACGGAGGCCAAAUUUAACUGUUUAACUCUUUAACUCUCUCGAAGUUUGACGACAUUUUUAGGGAACCAGUUCUGCAUAGGUUUGCUACCUUCUUAUAUAUACCUGAUUUGUUUGGAAUCUAGACCUAUAAAAUUUAUGUUUCUAGCGGUUAUGAAAAUUGUGUUUAAACACAUGUCUUAAUAUUUUUGUCGCAGUCAUAUUGAGAAAAGUUAAAUAAGGUCAACUGGGACUCUAUCCCCAUGCCAUUAACUGAAAGACGGACGGUGCUUCUAAUCAAAUAGGAUAUUUUAAUAAAAGAAAUGCAAGAGAAAUUUUUUAGUAACACAUGCACACUUUGCAUUCUCUAGUGUUUUUUUUUUUUGAGUGCGGUGAAAAACACAAUACGACGCACUUGGCUGUAAAAUGUAACAAAAUGUGUAAUAUCGAAAAUUUACCUCACCGAUCCAAAUUACGUUUGCUAGCCAAUAUAUAACUUUGCGGUAAUAUGACAUGAUUGCACUAUCAGUUGAGCGCUUUUAUUGAUAAGACUAGGGCGUAAGCUUGAGACUACAAGUGAGUGUCGGCGUGGCUUCGUGGACAGGCGUGACAACUUUUUAUUUCGGAUAAUAUUUACUGAAGGGUUUACUGUAUAUUUCUUACUUCACUUCACAGUAUAUUGCAAUUUAUGGCUCAAAAACGAAAAUUGUGUGUUGCGCAGUUCAUGUCGAAGUUACAAAACACGAAAACACGCAAGAAGAUUUUAUAACGUUAAGGUCAAUCAAAGACGUCACAUUUAAUGGCUGUACUUGAACUCUUAGUAACGACCAAACAAAUCGGAAGUCCUGCCAGGAUAGUAAGUCCGUUUUUGCUUGACGUUAAUUGGCUUAAUUCUAUGCAGUAUAUUUCUAGGUAGUCAACGCUACCGUUUGGUAGCAUGUCAACUGGGUUAAUCUCUUUUAAGGACGUAGGCAUGAGCCAGAAAUUCUCCCUAUCAGCAAAACAACCCGCAGUGAAACCUAAUUCCUGCACUUGUUUCGAAAUUUAGACCCAAAGUUGCCAGGUGAAAACCGAGCAACUAGAAAUGAAGUCAAACGUGAAAACAGCGCAAAAAAUUGAACAAAGGACAAGUGAAAGGAGUGCACGGACAAAGCGCUGUCAGAAAUGAAGCCUUGAUUUAGCAUAUCCUAAGAAACUGAGGCCCGAAGAAGCCAGUUGACAACCAAAUAAUUAGGCAGUGAAGUCUAACUCUCGCUCUUGUUUGGCAAUUUAGAGCCAAAAUGGUCCGACUCAGUCAAAAUAAUACCGAGUUCGGUUAUACCUUGGUUUCUUCGGGUCUUCUGUGUCCUGAACUGCCAGAAGAAAAAAAAAUUGUGGCUUAAACAACAGUGCUACCUGGAAAUUUCGCCAAGAGACCUUCAUGGUCGGCGGCAAACCAGUUCGCAAUCCUCCGCGCGUGAUAUGUGCUCGCGACCCAAGAUAAGAGGGCUGAUUCAACCCUCGACAAGGAACGUAUGUUAAAGGAAAUGAAAAUGCUAACCGUGUGAAUGGCGUUUUAUAAAAAGAAAGCAACACGUUUACUACUCAUUCGUUGUCAUCGCAAUACACUAAAUGCUGCUGAUGAGCUACGUACUCUGUCAGAUUAAUAUUUUUUAUUUAAUUAUGUGGGUCAAACUUGCCAGCCUUUUAAUAUCUGGGCGUUCGCAAGGGCGAAACUUAGUCUCGUCGAAAUUCUAAUAUUUUAUGUCCCUGCUCUAGAGAAGCACCUUGUCCAGAGGGAGUCCAAGGUCGCCCAAGGCUGCGCUGCAUCAACCAGCACUCCUUCUUUUAAAGUUACUUUUCCCCCAUUUUUGCAUCCGCCAUGCAACCGACUAUACUUUGCGUCGAUAAACCUGACGAGUCCUCAUGACCUCAGACUUCGUCUCACAAUCUUGUCUUACACGCGACGUUGUUUAUGUUCGCACACAGGCAGCUUCCCAGUCUUUCUCUUGCGAACCUUUUCCCGGUCGAAUCAUUCUGUAUCACGAAGCGAGAUCAACGAAUCAAAAUUUUUGGUUUGAUUGCACAAAUCGUGUAAAAUGUUUUUUUUUUUUUUUUUGAUAGCGGGCAUGUUUUCGCCUCUCAAGAGAACGUUUAAACUUCCUAAGCUUUUCAUCAGCCGUGAAAGAUAAACGGACCACACGCGCACCAAGCGUUCGCUAUUGAAAGAUUGUGGCUCCAUAGCGAGGAAACAGGAUAUUCACUCAUCCGGAUUGCUCGCGAGGCGUUGGAUGAAAUACGAUCUACCUCUACUAUGAAGUCACGUGAUCCUACAACUGUUCACGUGCUGAGUGCCCCUGUGUUUCUGCUCUGCACUUGAGGACAAUGUUUUCGGGCUGCGUAUCCACGGGGGCGUCAGCACCGCGGCGUCGCAUAGCAUUCGCCCUCUAAACCGAAAGUACAAAGAACCAGUCUGGUAUUUUUACAGAGUGUCAAUAUUUUUAUACAAAAAUAAAAUAAAUAAUCCUCUCUUACGUU